AGGCUGUCCCUUCAGACGUCAUCUCCACAGUGGUGCGUUGAGCCUGCCUCCUGUCACUUAAAGAGUCACUUAAGGAGUGACAGGAGGCAGGCGUAACGAUCCCACACCAAAGUCCCUAGUUAAAGAAACACGGGCUGGAAGUUUGAAGAAGAAAAAAAACGCAUAAAGAACGAACAAUUUGCAGAACGGGGGACAAUUCUGCAGCAGAAUCAAGAGCAGGGAGGGGAGGCAAGGUUUUGCGUUUCCCCUUUCGCGCUGUAAGCGCCGUUAUUUGUUGAAACUUAGAGCGAAGACGGCGGUUCCCAACGAGCAGUCGCUUUCAGAUGAGGCGAAUUUGCUGACUGUCCAGGACAACAGUUGAGAUCACGUCGUGAGAGAGAAAUGGAGAAGGGAAAGGACCGGCUGCGCCAGGCCCAGGAGGAAGUGGAGGAGGUGAAGGUCAUCAUGCUGGACAACCUGAACAAGGCGGACGAACGGUCGGGCAAGCUGGGGGAGCUGGAGAACCGGGCCGACGAGCUCCUGGAGAAGAGCAAGGGCUUCAAAAAGACCACGACCAAGUUGAAACAGCAGAACAGGUGGGAGAACAUGAAGAUGAAGGUGGUGGUGGGCGGCAUCCUGGCGGUGGCGGUGGUGGUGGUGGUCGUCAUCAUCGUGGUGACGGCGCUCACCUGCUGCCAGAACUCUGCCUCCGUUACCGUGAAGGCGACCAAUGGGACCUAGGGACUGGUCAGGCGGGCGGCACAGGAGUCGAGAUACAGGAACAGGAGAUUCCCCUGUGCUCUGGCUACGUGGACAAACACAAGAGAGAGAGAGAGAGAGAGAGAGAGAGAGAGAGAUUGCUACAGUAAAAGUUCUCUAUCAGAGGAAGAACUGGUACCACUGACUCAACAAAAUGCCAGCAUUGUGCAUCCGAUUGAGCUGCUGCCCCUCAACCUGUUUGACCGACCCUCAACCAGUGCUCUCCCGAUACUUCACAGAGCUGCUCCAGAAAGCUGACUCCGCUCAGUAAGAAAAGGAAUCAAACAACCCCCCCAUCCCAUCCCACAACCCACAAUAGCGCUAUAGUGAGACUUGUUUAUGGGUUAAAGUGUUCACGUGAUCACUGCAGGAUGCCACUUCACACACACACACACACACCUACUCAAUUAUACGUACUUAAUAGCACAACUUGCCAUUUAGAAGACGCUCUUAUCCAGAGCAAUUUACACAGAUUGCAAUCCGUUAUAUUAUACAGCUGGAUUAUUUACUGAAUCGAUUCAGGUUCAUUACCUUGUUCCAGGGUACAGCAGUAGAACCCCACCUGGGAUGCAAACCUGCAACCUCUUGAGUUUUAAGCCCAGUUCCGAAACCGCUGUACUACACUGUCAUGUCAGUUUGUUUUAUUAGCAAUACAGAAUGUAAAGAAAUUACUUUCUGUGCCUUCCUCUCAUAGCUAUUUGACCACUAGAAUCCAUCUUAGUCUUAAUUGGCUGCCUCGUCUAUACAGUCAUAUAGACAUCACUUUAAAUAAAGGCCAACAGUGUACAAGUUCCAGGCUUAUUUACUCAAAUUCAGUAAACAAAACAAAAGCAUCUAUUUAUGUCCUGUGACUAUGCUUGUGAUUGAGAUUGAGUGUGUGUGUUAGUACCUCAGAUCCACGAGUUGAUCUGGAAAUAAACAAAUAUGGAAAAUAAAUGCACAAAUGUUACAUUAGGAAAAUGUGUUAGAUUUAAACCUUAUGGCAAGUGCCAGAUGGUGAUUGACUUUUUCGCAUGUGCAAAAUUUCUGUUUGUUUAUCCUGUUUUACAUUGAAAGAAUGAUCAGUGUUAUGAAUGUGAAACCUCCGACGAGAGUGCUAUCAUUUCAUUCAACCUUUUUAAGCUUGUAUUUUUUUGCUAUAAUGUGUUUUUUCUUCUUCUGUGAUGUAAUUCAGCUUGUUUAAUGUUACAUACGCUGAGUAUUGGUGAUGUCAUUUGUUUCCAGUCACCUGGAUGGUGUCACUGAGUGAAUUAUAUGUGCUUGUGUUUUGUGCGGUUAUUGAGAAAAGCACGGGAAACAAAUAUUUUAAGAAACACCCUGAAUAGAUGGUUUAACUGAUGGAUGAACUGAUUUUUUAUUUCGAUAUUGAAAUUCACAUUUGUGUUGCAAAGCACCCUAGUGUACUCUCUUCAUCCUGUCCCCAUCAAACAAUGUAAUUUUUUUUUUUUUGUUUCAGAAUUAAAUGUUUCAUGUUUUCAGUUCCUAUAUUUCGAGUUCAAAUGCUUCUAAGUGAGAAUGAAACUGCUCUCACACACAUGCCAUAAAUACAAAUGCAGAAGGAAGCAGUCUUAAAAUUAAUAAGGGUGCAUUUAU